AUGGGGCAAAAGUGUUUUAAAGGCGGUGAAGAUACACCGUGGGUGACAUUUAAUUGUAAUAUGGUACAAAUUCGUGACAGUGAUAAUAUUCAAAUGGAUUUUACAGAUGGUGAGGAUGACGCUGAAAAAGACGUAAAAGUACGAAAUUGUUGUUGUAUUCAAUGGCGUCAAAGGAGGGUGGUGAGAAAUGACCCCGUGAUGAUGGAGAAUCAAAUGGGGGAAAUAAAAGACAAAAAACUACAGCCGGAGAAGAAAGGAAAACCAUAG